AUGGUCUUUUACUUUACCUGUAUUGAUCCUUCCUAUGUAGUUUACAUGGGUAGAGACAAGUUUGAAAAUGAAGAUCUCAUCAAGUAUUCAUUCCCAGAAGAUGUCUGGUUCCACGUUGACGGAUUCAGUUCUGCUCACGUUUAUUUACGUUUACAUACAGGACAGACAAUCAACGAUAUUCCGAAGGAAGUUAUUGAAGACUUGUCUCAACUUACAAAAUACAAUUCAAUUCAAGGUAAAAAGGAACCACAAGUCAAAGUAGUUUAUACAAUGGCUUCAAAUCUUAAAAAAACAGGUGACAUGGACACUGGUGAAGUUGGAUUCUUUGACAGAAAGGCUGUUCGUCACGUUGUCAUUCAAAAGAAUAAGGAAAUCUGUAACAGAUUAAACAAGACUCAAGUUGAAAAACAAGUAGAUUUUGAAAAGGAAAAGAUGCAAAGAGACAAGAAUUUCAGAGAAAUGCAAAAACGUGAAUCAAAAGAAAGAGCAAAGAAGGAAAAGGAAGAAUUAGAAAGAAGAAAGAAGGAAGCUGAAGCCAAAUCGUAUGAUUCACUCUUCUCCAGUAAUAAUAAGAAGAAAGCCCAUAGCAACUAUAAUGAUGACUUUUUCGGAGAUGGUGGUGACGAAGUUGAAGAAUCUAAAGAUUUGGAUGAUUUCUUUUAA